CAAGGUUAGUUAUUUGAAAGCAGAGGUCGUUUUUAGAAUUGACUUUUUUUUAGACGAAAUCACAAACUCAAACUUGAAACCAAGAGAAUUGAAGUGAAGAUGUCCCUAGCAGCUGCUGCUACACAAAACCCAUCUAUUCAGCAACAUCAUCAUAAUCAUAGAAUCAUAAUACCCAACAAAAACGGUGAAAAACUCGUUGGCAUAUUACAUCAAUCUGGAACAACCACCGACCUUGUUAUCUUGUGUCAUGGUUUUCAAUGCUCCAAAGAUACCAAUCUCAUAUUGAAUCUUGCUGUUGCAUUGGAAAAGGCACAAAUUAGUUCCUUCCGCUUUGAUUUUUCUGGAAAUGGGGAAAGCGAAGGUUCGUUUCAGUUUGGUAACUUUUCAACAGAGGUGGAUGAUUUACAUGCUGUUGUUCAACAUUUCCGGGAAUCAAAUCGUGUAAUCCGCGCAAUUGUUGGACAUAGUAAAGGAGGUAACAUGGGGCUUCUGUAUGCUUCCAAAUAUCAUGACAUUAAAACUGUUGUCAACAUCUCUGGACGUUAUAAUCUAAAGGCUGGCAUUGAAGAAUGCCUUGGUAAAGAUUAUUUCGAAAGAAUUAAGAAGGAUGGUUUCAUUGAUGUGAAGAAGAGUUCAGGAAGUUUGGAUUACCGUGUAACUAAGGAAAGUUUGAUGGAAGUCUUAGGUACAAAUCUGAAUGAAGUAUGCCCUCAGAUUGACAAAGAAUGCAGGGUCCUUACAAUUCACGGUUCUUCCGACGAAAUUAACUCUGUUCAAGAUGCACACGAGUUUGCUAAGAUCAUACCUAACCACAAGUUGCAUAUCAUUGAAGGAGCAGAUCAUGCAUACAAUAAUCAUCAAGAUGAGCUAUUAUCAGUUGUAGUGUGCUUCAUCAAGGAAACCAUUGACCAGAACAAGGGUACUGCUAGUUAGGUCUGUUCUUGCUAGGAUUUGAACUCUUCAUUUUCAUAUAAUAUUAUCCAUGCCAUAUUUUCCUUUACACGUAGAAAUCUAUAUGUAUAUAAGUAUAUUUGACAACAUAAAUGAAUAUAUAUAAUUUUAUUUUU